AUGGGUGCGGGCGACGGUUUCGGGCGCGACCCAAUCGGGCGCACGCCCAGGGGCACCGUGGCGGUCGAGGCCAGCAAGGCCGGGCGGUCACCGGAGGGAGACGCCGGCGGGAGAGCAGCAGGGCGGCGCCGGAGCGGGGCUGCGGGCCAUAGGGGAGUGGCCGUGGUCGAGCCAGACGGCCGGGACGAGGCACGGGCGCCAGGGCGCGGUCGGGCGGCCGUGUACGGCGAGGCGGCGACGGGGAACGGCUCGGGCGCGAUGGCCAUCCAGAGGAGGCGCGACGAGCGCGGGGAGGCCGCGAGCGAGCACGGCCUCGGGCGCGCGGUGACAGGGGAAGAGGGGAGAGGAGGAGGGCGCUGGCCGCGGCGGGGCGCAACGGAGGAGCGCGCGGAGCGGCCGAGCCGGGGCAGGGGUAGAGGAGAGGGGAGCGCUCACGGGGGGGUGUAG